GGGUUUUUUCGUAGGAUGCUCUUUAUUAAGACUAAUGGAGAAUACGCCAAUCCGAAAGGAGAGAGAACUUCAUUCUUCAGCUUGGUGUGGGCGAGAGGCCUGUCAGCUCCUCAGAAAACGCUGCUCUCACGGCUCCAGCAAAGGCCUCACUCGCAGGUCCGAGCCAUGGGGCCGCUGUGCGGAGGGGCGGCGGGGCGGCUGCUGCGGGCGGCCGGGGCCGGCAGGAGGCUGCUGCUGCUCGGCGCCGCCCGGAGCAGCGGCAGCCCGGCGGGAGGGAGCCCGGCUGUCCGCCGCGAGGCCUUGGCCGUCAAAAAGCGAGGCUACGACAUCACCAGGAACCCCCACCUCAACAAGGGAAUGGCUUUCACACUUAAAGAGAGGCUGCAGCUGGGAAUUCAUGGCCUCCUGCCUCCCUGCUUCUUGAGCCAAGAUGUUCAGGUUCUCCGUGUCAUGAAAAACUACGAGAACAAAACGAAUGAUCUAGACAAGUAUAUUGUUCUUAUGACAUUACAAGACAGGAAUGAGAAGCUGUUUUACCGAGUGCUGACCUCUGACAUUGAGAGGUUCAUGCCCAUCGUUUACACCCCAACGGUUGGCCUGGCGUGUCAGCAGUAUGGACUGACUUUCAGGAGACCACGGGGGUUGUUUAUCACCAUCCAUGACAAAGGCCAUAUUGCAACAAUGCUAAACUCUUGGCCUGAGGAGAACAUUAAGGCUAUCGUGGUGACAGAUGGAGAGAGGAUUCUCGGUUUGGGAGAUCUAGGAAGUUAUGGUAUGGGUAUCCCGGUGGGGAAGCUGGCUUUGUACACCGCUUGUGGAGGAGUUCACCCUCAGCAGUGUCUCCCUGUCCUGCUGGAUGUUGGCACAGACAAUGAGGCUCUCCUGAGUGAUCCACUCUAUAUUGGACUGAAACACAAGAGGGUCCGUGGGAAACAAUACGACGAACUGAUUGAUGAGUUUAUGCAGGCGGUUACCAACAAGUACGGCAUGAAUUGCCUAAUCCAGUUUGAAGACUUUGCCAAUGCUAACGCAUUUCGUCUCCUCAACAAAUACCGCAACAGAUACUGUAUGUUCAAUGAUGAUAUUCAGGGCACUGCUUCUGUUGCAGUCGCUGGCCUCUUUGCAGCUUUAAGGAUCACAAAGAACAAGCUCUCCGACCAUAAGUUUGUCUUCCAGGGAGCUGGAGAGGCUGCGAUGGGCAUAGCUCACCUCAUCCUCAUGGCCAUGGAGAAGGAAGGAAUUUCACGAGCAGAUGCCAUCAAAAAAAUAUGGAUGGUGGACUCCAAGGGACUGAUAGUCAAGGGCAGGAGCCAUCUGAACCACGAGAAAGAAAUGUUUGCCCAGGACCAUCCCAGUGUGAACACACUAGAAGAGGUUGUGCAGAAAGUGAAGCCGACAGCAAUUAUAGGUGUCGCAGCCAUUGCAGGAGCUUUCACUGAGAAGAUUUUGAAGGACAUGGCAGCUUUCAACGAGAGGCCCAUCGUGUUUGCCCUGAGCAACCCCACGAGUAAAGCAGAGUGCACAGCAGAGCAGUGCUAUCGCCUCACUGAGGGCCGGGGAAUAUUUGCCAGUGGGAGUCCAUUCUCAAAGGUUACCCUGCCCAAUGGUCAGACCUUCUUCCCUGGCCAAGGAAACAAUGCCUACGUCUUCCCAGGAGUGGCGCUGGGAGUCAUAGCCUGUGGAGUCCGGCACAUCUCUGAUGACAUCUUCCUCAUCACAGCACAGUCUAUUGCUGCUGAGGUGACAGAGCAGAAUCUUGCAGAGGGAAGACUCUAUCCCCCCUUGAACAGCAUCAGAGAGGUAUCUUUCAAAAUCGCUGUCAAAAUUGUUAACUGGGCCUACAAGCACGGUCUUGCUUCUUGGUACCCUGAGCCAGCAGACAAAGAAGCCUUUGUGAAACAGCUUGUUUAUAGUCCUGAUUACGAUUCCUUCGUUAUGGAUGAUUACACGUGGCCUGCUGCAGCCAUGCAGACACAAGAUGUAUAAGUGGUUGUGAGAACUGUUUCCUCAUUUUUUCCAUCGGUUCCCAUGGUCCACAUCACUGCUGAUAUAAAUGAAUAUUAGGCUUGUGGGAUUAUAAAAAUAAUUGAAUCAAAGUACUUUUUUUUUUAUUAUUUGUCACUGCUUUUUCUUUGUGGGAGCAUAUCAAGAGGGGGCAAAAUAGAGUCCACACUGGGAAGUCAGUACCCUGAUGAGAGAGAGAGAGGCUAUGCUUCCAGUCCAUCCCAGUCUGCACUGCAGCUUUUGCCAUCAUUUAAAGCCCCACAGACACCACGAAUGCUGGUGUUCCCUCUCCAGAUUUGAAAACACUACAUUUAGGCUGUACAACGGCAGGCACAAGAGGAAGCAGAAUCUUCCAGGGAAGGUCAGAGGCACAAAGUGGUCACGUGGCUCAUUUUCUCAACAAGAGAUGCUUGAUGACUUCUUACCAAAAAGAAGAAUCUCACAGAGCACUGCUGUAUUUUCGAGAACUUUGGUCAGCCAGGAAUGAUGUCACCAUCUGUGGUCAGUCAGCCCCAGCAGAUGACCCACACAGCUGCUCACCUAUUCCCUUGCAGUGGAGUGGGUGAGAGAAUCAGAUGGGUAACAGUGAGAAAAGUUGCAGGUUGAUAAGGCAAUUAUAUAGGUACAGCAACAGCUGUGUGUACAGGCACAGCCAGGAGCCAGCUCUUGUGUUCCUUGUUCUCUCAUUGUCUUCCUCUAUCCCUGCUGCUCCCAUCUUCUCCACAGUGUACCCAGAGUCUGAGGGACCCCUCCCCUCCCGCUCCUCCAAGUGCCUGCCAGGCAGCCAGGGGCUGCAGCACCAAACCUCUGUCCUUGGGAAAGAUGGCACAGCCUGAAAUACUCCGUGAGAAGGCAUUUUUCUGCCAGAUGUGGCUGAAUCCAUGGUCCUUGGCCUCUAUGAGAGGGCAGCCCUGGGUGAGAGCUUGGCCAGGACGGGAUUCUCUUGCCAGCAAAGGCACUACAUGGUUGGGCUGCUCAGGCAGAAAACUUCCCACGGGUAGAGCUUGCUGGCCUUAGCAUUAACCCAUCCUUAGAAGCAGCAGAAGCUGCUCAGUGAGCACCUUCACCUGGUAAAUCCCUGCCUAAUGUGAAAAAAUGAUGUCUCUGAAGUCUCUUCCACCACUGCCCGAAGCAAUCUGAUGGCUCAGGUGCCCAGGGGGCAGUAAGGAUUCUGUCCAAACUCCAGGCCUAAACCAUCCCCUCAAGGAGCCUCCUGCCAUCCCACCUCACUUGGACAUUACAGCUGCCCACAUUCUUAGCAAGUGUCUGAGCCUUGGGGCCAGAGAUCUGUCCCCAGAGGCCGCUUGCCCAACUGCCAGAGCCACGAGGAAAGGGAUGAUCAUGGAAGAGAAAACCCUUCUCUGUCCAGCAGAAGUCCAUAAUUACCAGCAUAGGCAAUAGACUCAAUUUUGUCUCCUGCUGGCAGAAGGCACUGUUUCCCUGUGCCCUGCCAGGCCCCAUCCUGUCAGAGAAUCAAAGAACCAUAGGAAUGGUUUGGUUUGAGAGGAAACUUAAAGCUCCAUCCCCAUGCUUUGGGCUGGUUGCCACCCACCAGAUCAGGUUGGCCAAGGUCCAUCCAACCUGGUCUUCCCCUCUCCAGGCUGAAGAAGCCCAGUUCCCUCAAUCUUUUCUCAUAGGAGAGGUUCUCCAGCGCUCUGGACUCGAUGAUCUCUUGAGAUCCCUUCCAACCCCUACGAUUCUGUGAUUCUGUGAUUCUGGACCUGCUGUGACAGCAGGUGUAUGCCUAAGGGAUUGCAUGUGCACAAUCAAUCCAAGAUGACAAAGUUUACCAUCAGUCUAAGAUGUGAUCUCGGUGAAUUAGUCACUUAUUGAGGAUCUGUAUCAGGAAGGCAUCAUGGCAUUAAGGUUUAAGUAUCCACAGGUGCAAAAACUCAAGAGGCAUCCCUGCUCAUGGGGGAAUGCUAUCAUGCAACUCACUGCCAGCUCAGGGGCCCCCUGUGCUGCUCUUUGUUUAUGGGGUAAGGUAACUGACUCAUAGUCAUACGUGUUUUUUAGGUGCAUGCUCAGUUGGCUCCUAGCUGUUGAAACAGGUGUCUGCUGAGUUCUUUCAGCCCCGUAGCAUGAGGCAGAUUUGUGGCUGCUAAUCUGUCUUUGUGAGAGCGUUAUCAGUACUGUUGCUGUGUCUCAGUGCAUGGCCCUGUGUGCAAGGCCAGGCCACAGCAGGGAGUUGGGGGCAUAAGGUGGGGGAGUUGGGGGGGACACCAUCACAGGUCCUGACAUGUGUCCCAUCAGUUGCCAUUGCCGUACAUUCCCACUGCUCUCCCGCCCCUCCAGCAGUGCACAGGCAGGUCUGAAAUGCUGCAGAAGCCCACAGCAGGCAGCCACGGAUGCUUUGUGGUUCUCUGCAGCUGCAGUAGAGCCACCUCUUCUGCUCUGAGAAGAACAGGGCUCAGAGCAACAUCAGUUCUGAGACCAGGGCAGAGCUCAGGUUGUGUCCAUCAGCUCUUCAAAACCUCCAAGGACAGAGACCCCAUGCUCUCUGUAGCCACCCAGUUACAGUGCUGGCCUGUCCUAAGGGCAGAAAAGCUUUCCUGACAGCAGCUCUGAACCUUCCCUGUGCCUGUCCUCUGUAGUCCAUCCACUGUGCACCAUGGCACACCUGGAUCAGUCAUGAAGCAUCUUCUUAGAAACAGGGGGGUGUUGCUAUAGGGUCCCCUCUCGUCUUUGCAUCUCUGUAUGACACGGCCUCUUUUAUGAAGCAGAUACCACAGAAGCUGCACUAUUUGUGUAUGUUUGCUACAAACCAGUUUUCGUAUAUGGUGGCACAGUCACAGGUGGAAAAUGGGGCCAAAUGAGUACUGCAGUAGAGAAAAAUGAAUAGCUCUGGUUUGACCAUUUGCAGUGGAUCGUUGGGUGUGCAGGGCUCACAGGGAACCACUUGAGGGCUGUAGAGGACUUCUAACAGCAGUGUUUUUCUCGUUGAGACGGACUGGGAGCAGUACAUCACAUUGUCUCAGAUUUAAGCGGUGGCAUUGAGUGCUUCUUCCUGGAUAAGAACAAACUCCUGUACAGUGAAGCUCCUUCAAAACCUGAACUUGCUGUGUGGCUGCUCCAUGGGAUGCAUUAACUGGUACAGCAGAUCCGAUCAGUCAGAGAAAAACACAAGCUGAAUACCAGGGGACUUGAAGCUGCUGGCUGUUUGUGUUCUGUGCUCUAAUCUAAAGCAAGGGUAUCUGUAGCAGAUCACUUUGGAUUUCUCUGUUCCCCUUUUUUCUAACAGCAACAGAACAAAUCCUCUAUCCCUCAGUUCUUCCUUUUCUCUUUCUUUGAAAAAUAAUGCUCUGACUUGAAACCAGUGAUAAAAACGGCACAAAUACAGGAAUGUGGCAGUGUUGAUACCUAUUUCAAGGAUUGCUGCAGCAUCCUAACGUGAUGCUAAGCCUAGCAAUUGAUUGCUAUCCAAAGGACCACUGCAGGAAAAACCCUUUUGUUCCCUUUGUUCCCUCACUCCUGCUUAACAACAUUGCGUCCACUGGCCUGGAUUAGUCAAGUAGUUUGCCCCAUAAGAUGACAUACUCUUCCUUCCAGUACAGUGGCCAUCCAUCAGCCGAGCCAGCAGCAGCAGCUGCUCCCCAGCACCCAGGAGCCAGCCCACCACUCAGCUGAGCAAAGGGUCCCUGAGCAACGCAGCACAAAUAAAUGGCAUCAAGCUCAGAGCCGUGCUCCUUCGGUGCUCCUUUUACUUCAGACCUUGUGCCUGGUGUUUGUCAGCUGGCUCUGUGCCUGUGGGGCUCAUCUAACCUUUAAAGAAAUGUGGAUUGAAGUCUUUUAAGAUGAAAUUCAAGCUACCCAACCAUCACGUUGGUGCUUGGCAUGUUCCUAAAGCUGUCGCCCCAAAUUAAACCUCUGUUCUUAAAGUCAUUUUAUGAGGCUUCUUCCUCACACUUCAUGUGUGAAUCAGAGACAUUUGCUUUGCUAGCACUUCAAGGGUGUGCUGACCUUCCAGUCCUGAGAGGAAAAUCUUGAUAAAAUCACUAAUUAAUGACUGACUUUGAAUCACUUGUCCCAGAUAGGAGGAUAAACAAAGAAGCUGAAGGUCUGGCUAUUAGACAGGAAAGAAAGGUUUUUCUUUGUAGAGCAGGCUUGGCUGUUAAAAUACCUAAAAUGGUGGUAAUUGAUUUAUAUUCAAUUAUUUGAGUGCACAGAAGCAAUUAUGGCUAAUCCUUAAAGCCUAGUUGAACUGUGAAGCGUUACUAUGCUAAAAAAGAUUCCAUGUUAGUUACCUGCUGAUGAGAAAUGGUGGCAGGAGGAUGGAAUUUCACUUUUAUUCAUAAUUGACACCAAAUUUUGCCUAUCUUUGCUUUUUGUAUAUUGAGAACAAAAGACGUGUUUACUCCAGAGCUAACGAAUUUAACUGAUGAACCAAUGACAGGGAACUGGAUCUGAAAGAAGGGAGGAGAUUUGACCACACUCUUCCAACACUGACUGGUAAUAUUCAAACAAGAUUUGCCCUGCUCAACUCAGUCAUCCAGGUUGUUUGUAUAACCAGAGGGAAUGGCAUGGGGAGGGCAGCUGGGGGUGAGGGAAAGGGUCUGAACCAGAGGGUGGUGGGCAUGGAACAGCCUGCCCAGGGCUGUGAGCACAGCCCGAGCUGCUGGAGCUCAGUGGGUGUUUGGACAGUGCUGUCAGACAUUGGGUUUGGGAUUGGAAUGGUCCUGUGUGCAGCCAGCAGUUGGACCCAAUGAUCCAUGAGAUAUUCUAUGAUUAUGUUUGAAGAAAAGAACAUCCAGAUCACUUAUGAGUUGAACAUAUAAGAGACAUGGGAGGGGAAGGAGUUGUUCCAAUGGAUGCCAUACCAAGGGAGGUUCCAGGACUCAAGGCCAACCUGAAGCAUUAUCCCAGCUACAUUACAGACCAGAACGCGUCCAGCACAGGCUCAAGUUCUUCACCAUCAGGUCUGGACGUCUGCUUGCAGAAAGGGCCAUGUCCACUACAUAUCAAUAUUGCAGGGAUCAAGAGGAUCAGUUCAUACAAACUCGUUCUUUACCUCGUAACGGCAUAUUAAGGUCACAGUUAAGGAAACGUGGAAGACAAAACAACCUGGGCCACCGGCUUCUGUGCUGCCAUCCUUCAUUCCAGACCGCUUCAGAAAGGAUUCUUUACAUUUGAAGAGUGUCUUGGCAACAUCAAAUCAAAGAUUAAUUUAGCUGCUGUGCAGGCACAUCUGUGGCUUAAAAAAUGGUCCUAUAACUUUUAUAAAGGUGAGCAAAAUUAUGCUUCUCUUCUACUCAAAAAAACAACAACAACAACCCAGCAGUAUUCCCUAGCUAAAGGUAAUUGUUCAGUAUUCUCUUCUUGUCAUCCUGUAACUCAGUCCCAGCACACAAACUAAUAUGCUUGGCUGAGCUUUGGCUGGCAGCGCUGAGUCAAAUGACCUCCAGCUCACUUCAAACAUCUCUGUGAAGAUGGAUGUGGGCAACGACCACAGGCAGGAGCCCACAGAGGUGCAGUUCCCCUCAGUGCACACUGCUAAGGGACGGCACCUAUGGCAAGAGGCAGCACAGCAAAUGGGGACAGUCACCUCUUCAUCUGCCGCAGCAGCAUGUGCCAGAAUUUGUUCAGCCGAGCCCACAGACUGAAUAACAAUUAGCUAAGACUAAAGCAGUCUUAAACAACCAACAAGAGACACCCUGGCACAUGAAACAUGCACUAACAGGAGCACCAGAGCCCAUUGGUACAAAGUUGGAAUCCUGCCCUCCAGUGCAGUGACAUUCUCAGCCCCUACUUCAGAAAAUCAGACUUGUAGGCAUUAACAAUUCCUGUAUCCACCUUUGUUGCUUGCACAUCAAUACAGAGCUACUUUUUCUCUCUUGCUGCCAAUAAUUGCAGAAUGACCUUCAGUUUUUGCACCACUGACAAAUGCAGUUUAUUGGCAAAGACAGAAAGCAAGCAGACUUCACAAUAAACUUAUUAUGUUCCUUACUAACCUUGUUUGACAACUACAUCAACUCAUCAAAGAUGAGCAUGUCCAGAGAAGAGCAGCAAAGCUGUGAGGGGUCUGGAGCACGAGUCUUAUGGGGAGCAGCUGAGGGAACUGGGACUUUUCAGGCUGGAGAAGAAGAGGUUCAGGGCAGAAGUGAUAGUGCUCUACAUGCCCUGAAAGGAGGUUGUGGUGAGUUGGGUGUUGGCUUCUGCCCUCAGCUAACAGUGAUAGGACAAGAGGGAGUGGCCUUGAGUUGUGCCAGGGGAGGUUCAAGCUGGUUAUUGGUAACAUUUCUUCUCAGAGUGGUGAGGCAUUGGCACAGGGUGCCCAGAGGGGUGGUGGAGUCACCGUCCCUGGAGGCGUUCAAGAACUGUGGAGAUGUGGCACUGAUGUGGUCGGUGGCACGGUGGGGAUGGGCUGAUGGUUGGACUAGCUGAUCUCAGUGGUUUGUUCCAACCUUAAUGAUUCUAUGACUUGUUAUCAAGGAUCAUAAUGUAUUAGAGCAAUCCUAAACUCAGGUCAUUCAAAAUUAGCGAGCCCAUGCAAACAAUAAGAGAAUCCUUCUGUUUUCUUGAAGGUGCUUUGAACAAGACGCAAGCUGUUUAAGUAACAAAAUACUGAGCUGCAGCAGUAGCUAUUCAUUGUGAACCCUUUGUCAUUUAUCAAUCAAACACCAUCGAAGACAGGUAAGCUUCCUCACUAAAAAGUGAACAAGGGGCUGUGAUGUGCAGUGCACAGAGCAGAGGGCAAUGCUUCCCAGGGCUGGCAGAGAGCCUCUGUUUGGCCUCAGCUGCAGGCAAACUGCUGGGAGCAGCGCAGCUCCAUGGCAGGCACUCCUCAGUGCAUCCUCUGGCAGAAAUGCAGCAGUGCUUCAAAGGACACUGACUUUUUUUUUUUUUCCCAACAUAAGGUCCGGUAAUCUGAAAAUCCCCAUUUGAGAACUGUUAUGACUCCUGGAGCUGCAACUUCUGUCAAGUCCACAAAGAGGAACCCCUCUGAGUGAUUCUAAGCUGGCCCAGCCCACUGACAGCCUUCUCCCACUGCUUUGAGACAAGAUCUGACCCAAGAAGGAUGAUGCUCUCCUUCAGAGCACCGCAGGUCUCUGGACUAUCAGCAGAGCACCUGAAAGCAAGAAGCACCUUCAGGUCAAAUCUCUCCUUCAUAGAGUCAUAGAAUCAUUUGAGCUGGAAGAGACCCCCAAAAGCCAUCUAGUCCAACUCCUCUGCAGUGAGCAGGGACACCUACAGCUCCGUUUGCUACUUAAAAUAAAAGGGUGAGUGAGGCCUGUGGGGAACUGAACCAUUCAGGUUUGCAGCCUCCACGCAGCAGAUCCUUGAGGCUGCUCCUGAAGACCUCCAUUAGAUAUUUUUUCGAGCAAUAUUCCACUGAAAUCUGCAAGGCAGCCGACAGACAGGGACGGUCACAAGGUCUUGAGGAUGAGAUCCCUGAUAAAUACACAUCGCCCAGCUCAGGUGAUAGAGCUGGGCACUGAGGUCUGUUAGUGCAACACCAUCGAGCUCACACGCUCCCAGCAGCACCCAACCAUGCUACAAAUUCACAUGCUUGAAGCAGUGACUGAACAACAACAACAAAACCUCUCCAACAAAAACCACCCCACAGCUGCCCUUGUGUGGCCAAAGCGCUGUUACCCAUAAGCUGUGCUUGGACUACAUGCAGACACACAACCUCCCAAGGCAGCUGUGCCAAAGCGAGGGCAGCAACACGGAGCUCGCAGGGCAGGAUGCUGCCCAGCACCCAAAGCAGUGGCCAUGCAGGAUUAAUCUGAUUUGUAGCCACCUUGGUUGGACCGGCAGCCCACUGCUGUGCACACACACACACUGUGAAGCUUAAAUUAACUUGAGAAGCAUAUUUCUUUUACAGAGUGCAGCUCGGCCCAGCAAUUGGACACAGGAGCAAUGCGUUCAUCCAUCGUGGUUCAUCUCCAUAGAGUUGCACAACACCUUGGCAAACUUAAGGUGGAAAGAGGCGGUUUAAGUUACAUCUACCUUACAGUUCUUACUGUUUAAAAGUAAGAUUAAGGCAAUUUCAGAAACAAAUCAUCUCACGAGUUAUUUCCGGAUCCUGACCCUAAGUCUCCUAAGGCUUAAAUCCAGCUGAAUGAACGAGAAGAAAAAAGGCUUUACUCUUCACCUAACUUUUAAAAGUGAGAAGGCAACACGAGGACUUAUCAGCGCCGAAGGGAAACCUCAGGCUUAUCCGUAUGUGAAUCCCGUUUCAAAAACAAACAGGGCUCGGGGCUGGCGGGGAGCCAAGCUGCAGGACUGCCUUUUAAGACCCGCAUCUCAAUGGGAGACCUCAGAGCAUUCUGAUCUGUUUUCAUAACUGUAACCAUUUCCAACCCCGGGCUUUCUAGCAUAUUAGCAUUCCCUUCUUUCAACCAAGUUAAAGCAACAGCCGGUACAAAUGAAGGCAAAACAAGCACGGGGCGCUGCGGAUAAAAUACAGCGUUUCA